UUCUCGUUUUAGUUGAGUUGCUUUAUAUCACUAAGCGCCCUAAGAAUUUUCCCUUGUCUACCAAAUGACUACUACAGACCUGAAGGGUGCCAAAGACGCGCUCGUGAGCUCGCUAUUUUCGCUGUCUAAAGCCGCCCAAGACGCGUCCUAUGCUAUCGUGGAAUUCGUGAAUCUUGUCGGUAGCGAUAAAAUUGAGGCGGCUGGCCUGAAUGAUUCGCUUGCUGCGCCUAUCAAUGCGGCGGCUGCCGCCUUGGCCGAUGCUCAGGCUGUCAAGGCAGCCGCGGACUCUCCGACUGCCGUCGAUGCGGCUGCCGAGCCCAAGAAGCGCAAACGGGUCACCAAGGUGAAGGACCCCAAUGCGCCAAAACGCCCUCUCCCCGCUUAUCUUGUGUUUGGUAACGAGGUCAAACGCGAGAUUCGCCGGACACGUGAGGCCAACAAGGAGGAUCCUUUGACAAUGUCUGAGCUUAAUGAGAUGGUUCACGAGAAAUGGACACAGCUCGAUCCUAAACACAAGAAGACGUUGGAAGAUGAUCACGCCAAGGCUGUUUCCAAGUACAAUAAACUUCGCGAAGCCUAUGAGGGUAAACAGGCCAGUCAAGAAGACGGGCCAUCUGCCGACACGCCCACAGACGCGCCGGCUGCCGCCGCUGCUGCGUCCGAUGCUGAGGAGGAACCCCCAGCUAGCCCGGAGAAGAAACCCAAAGCUGAAGCUUCUGAAAAGAAACGCAAGGGUGAGGGUGAGAAGAAACGCAAGAAGAAGAAGGACAAGGACGCCCCUUCGUCUCCCUAA